AUGGUGCAGAGGCUUCAAUCCGUUCUGACCCUCUACCUGUCAGGAGUGUUGGCUUUCCUAGGCCUGUGGUGGUACAUCUAUCGGAAGAAAGAAUACCAUCUCACUGACAAGGAUGAUGCAAAUGAUGAGACGACGGCAGACCAGGAGCACCUGUCCUCCCCCAGAGACGUAGGUAACUGUGUUGUGGAGAACGGCCACUCGACUGGGAUGCAUAUGGACGGGCACGCAGUGAGGGAGCGGCCAUUAGUGGAACAGGAGCUUGUUGAUAUUACAAACACCCCAGCAGCAGCAGAGCAGGGUAUAGUCCCACUCUGCCAAUCACAACCUGAGGUAAGGGUUGUGGCUGCAGACUGUCUCAUUAGUGGCCUGGUUACUGCUGCCGUGAAGCCUGUUUACGAGAGCACUGAGUCUUCAGCUCAAGUGUUCCUAGAGACUGCAGCUGAGGGUGGACCUGAGCAGGAUCUAGAAUUACAAUGGGAACACCAGACAUUCAACCACCACAGUCGGAGACACUGGAGCCUGCGGAGGAGGAGGUGGUUAGACUGGAGCCUGCGGAGGAGGAGGUGGUUAGACUGGAGCCUGCGGAGGAGGAGGUGGUUAGACUGGAGCCUGCGGAGGAGGAGGUGGUUAGACUGGAGCCUGCGGAGGAGGAGGUGGUUAGACUGGAGCCUGCUGGAGCCUGCGGAGGAGGAGGUGGUUAGACUGGAGCCUGCGGAGGAGGAGGUGGUUAGACUGGAGCCUGCGGAGGAGGAGGUGGUUAGACUGGAGCCUGCGGAGGAGGAGGUGGUUAGACUGGAGCCUGCGGAGGAGGAGGUGGUUAGACUGGAGCCUGCGGAGGUGGUUAGACUGGAGCCUGCGGAGGUGGUUAGACUGGAGCCUGCGGAGGUGGUUAGACUGGAGCCUGCGGAGGUGGUUAGACUGGAGCCUGCGGAGGUGGUUAGACUGGAGCCUGCGGAGGUGGUUAGACUGGAGCCUGCGGAGGUGGUUAGACUGGAGCCUGCGGAGGUGGUUAGACUGGAGCCUGCGGAGGAGGAGGUGGUUAGACUGGAGCCAGAGGGAGACAUCCUGUCUGCUGUGGAAGAACCAACCUGUGAGUCAAGUCUACAGGUUGACACCUGUCUGGCUUCCCCCAGCCACCUUAUAACCAGUCGGGUGUCUGCCUCAAAGCAGCCAUUGGGAAUUUUGAGGUCACCUCAGAAGAAAGAGUCUGAGGAAUGUAAAUUCAGCAGGAGCAACACCGCAGAAAUUAACCAGCUGGUGUCAGGUCUCAUCACUGAUGUGGUCUCCGCAGCAGUGAGUCAAUUCCUGAAGGAAAAGACUCAGCUAGGACAUAGUGUUAGUCCUCUCCGUAGCGGGGAUCCCUGCAAAGCCCCAGACCAUAUCUCAAUGGAUAACAGUGAGCAUGAGAUGCCACUAUUCCAAAAGAAUCCGUGUUCAACAACCGGCAGAGAGAACAUCAGUUCAUCUCCUGUAGUUCAUGAGGACGUGAAACACUACCACAGCAGUAGAGCUGAGGUUGAGACGGAGAAGAUUGAGCUAGCAGAAGAAGAUUCUGCAGUAGGUGAUUCUGGAUCCAGCUCUGGUCAGACCGAAAAGGUCUCCAGUGGCAAGGAGUUGAGCACCAGUAUGAGCCCACAACCACCCAGAGGACCUGCUGAAGGACUGGGGGCCACCAGCAUGUUCCUCACUAACGGUUGGUGGAUGGCGACUGUUCCAGGCUCUGGUGUGAACAACAUGGACUGUGUAGACGGUUACUGUCAACAUGUAGCCAGGGACAACAAGCAUAGCAGUCCCAGUCUACCAAGUCAGCUACUGAACACCAAUCAGGCAAUUGAAAAAUACAACCAAAGUCACAACAGCAGCCAGUCACUGACUGUUUGGGAGAUAGAGGUGCCAAAGCAUUUUGUUGGUAGAUUGAUUGGGAAGAAGGGGAGACAUGUGAACUACCUGAAGGAGACGUCUGGAGCUAAGGUCUUCAUCACCGCCCUACCUUACACUCAGGAGUUCCAGAUCUGCCACAUAGAGGGGUCAGAGGAACAGGUGGAUUGUGCUCUGGAGCUGAUAAGGAAAAAGUUCAAAGAUCUAGAUGUGACCAACUGUUACGUCCAACCUCCAGUGGCCAGCCUUCCCUCUCUCUCCAUCACAUCCUGGCUGCUGCUUCCCCAUAGGGUUACAGUUGAGGUAACGGUGAUCCAGGUCGCAUCUGGGAACUGUGUGUUCCUCCAGCAGCACAAACACCCUACCUUCCAUGCUCUCUGCAGUCUGGACCAAAAUAUGAGCCUGUGCUACUCUCACCCAGGGUGCCCUCCCCUGCCGGCCCCAGUGGAAGUUGGAGUGAUCUGUGCUGCCCAGAUGCCUGAGGGAGCCUGGUGGAGAGCGCAGGUGAUGGGUCACCAUGAAGAAACUAUGGUGGAACUCCGCUAUGUGGACUAUGGAGGCUAUGAUAUAGUGAAGAUGGACACCCUCCGCCAGAUCAGAUCUGACUUCGUUGCGUUGCCUUUCCAAGGGUCUGAGGUGAUCCUGGAAAAUAUUGCACCCAUUCCAGAUUUUUCAGCUGCAGCCAAAUCUGCUCUGGAGGAGAUGACACGAGGACUGGCACUACUUGCACAGGUCACAAACUGUCACACCAGUGGCAUUCCUUUGGUACAGAUAUGGAGAACAGAAGGAGAAGAGUUGGUGUCUGUGAACCGUGCUAUGGUGGAUAAUGGACUGUGCAGCUGGGUAGACAGCCCCUGACCGUGAUGCGCAAUCCUGGCUGUUCAGAUAGUUUUAAUACCUCCUUCCUCCCUUGUGAGGUAAGCACAGAUCUAUAAGUGAUUGGAUAGGUGUACGUUUACCACCCUAUUUCUUUCACCAAUCCAGAUCUGUGAUUACCUCACAGUAGCUAGGAAGGAACAAUGGAUUUCUGAAGUAUUCAAACAGGGCCCUUGCCUUGUCUUUCACCUUUUUACCCCCUCAUUACCACCUCUGGACUACUGCCUUGAUGGCAUAACAAUGUUGUCCUGCAGCACAACGUCUUCCUGCUCAACUCAACCAUUAUACCUGUUUCUUUACAACCAUGUACACACAAUCCAAGUAAUUUAUUUUGUGAAGUUUUAUUUACUCCCACCCGGUCCUAUAAAUGUUUGUAUUGGACACAUAAUGUAAUCAUAAUUAACAAUUUCACUUAACCCCCACACACACACUGAAUACUAUUUUGUUUUUAAUGUAUACAUUUCUAUUACGAAACUAAAUAAAGAUCAACUGUCCUUA